AUGAAGGCGUCGGGUAUUACUGGUGCUGCUCUCCCAAACCUUUAUUCCACUGUAAUUCCUAACCGUCGAUUGUCUGUUUCAUUCGCUUCUGCUUCGCCAUCAGGACCCAAAACGGUGGAAGUUACAGCUCCGAAGAUCGAAUACAAGCCCACAGUUUUGGAUGAUUUGUUCCUCAAUUUGUUUCGCAACAAAUUGGUACAGGAGGUAGGAUGGGACUCGAAGAAAUCUGGAUAUGAUGGACUAAUUGAAGUUGCAAAUCGUCUAAUGAUGAAAGGCACUACAAAUUCCCAUACCAUAGAAGCUACGGUACGAAUUUUGAGGUCUCUAUUUCCUCCAUUCCUUUUGGAACUCUAUAAAAUGCUCAUAGCUCCUCUAGGAGGAGGCAAAGUUGCUGCUAUAAUGGUUGCAAGGGUUACUGCACUUACAUGCCAAUGGCUCAUGGGACCCUGCAAAGUCAACUCUGUAGACCUACUGGAUGGAAACUCGUGCAAUAGCGGGGUGUAUGUGGAAAGAUGCAAGUAUCUAGAGGAAAGCAAGUGUGUUGGUAUAUGCCUUAACACCUGUAAGUUUCCAACACAGACCUUCUUCAAGGAUCAUAUGGGAGUUCCUUUACUAAUGGAGCCCAACUUUGCUGAUUACAGUUGUCAGUUCAAAUUUGGAGUGCUUCCCCCACUGCCUGAAGAUGACGCGGUCCUGAAGGAGCCUUGCUUGGAAGCAUGCCCGAUUGCUUCCCAACGAAGAAUGGCUGCCAGAAACAUAGGUGCCACUGCUUGCCCAAAGACAUGA